AGCGAAUCUACUGAAGAAACCUUCAUGUCCGCUGGUGCUCAUCGGUGUUCGCGAAGUGGGGGCUAUCUGCCAAAAAAAUGGAAGAUGAUACGUCGUCGUCGGGUCCCACAGCUAGGACUGUGGGCUUCAACGAGUAUCUGUACGACAGCCUGGACAAUACUACUUUCGGUCAGCAGAUAUUCUCGACGAAAGACGGCAUUUUCGACGACUCCACCGACGGCCAGAACGCCGCCGAGGACCUGGGUAUUUUCGGUGAAGAAGACCACGAAAACGAAAAUGCGGGGUAUAUCCAGCAUACCAUAUCGGCUGACCAGAUCUGCAUGCAGAUCAACCCAGGCAACAGUCCGAUGCCAAAGAACCCAACCCACGCCACACUGACUAUUCAGAGCCUGAACCAAGAGACACGAAAACGUGAGAUCAAGCGCUUUCGGUGCAACUAUGAGGGCUGUAAGCGCACCUACAGCACGGCAGGCAACCUUAAAACACACCAGAAGACUCACACUGGCGAGUACACCUUCGUGUGCGCGCAAGAGGGCUGUGGCAAGGCUUUUCUCACCUCGUAUAGCCUCAAGAUCCACUUCCGGGUACACACGAAUGAACGGCCGUACGAAUGCCACAUCUCAGGCUGUGAAAAGACCUUCAACACUCUCUACAGGCUUAAGGCCCACCAGCGGAUCCACACAGGAGAGACGUUCAACUGUGGCCAGGACGGCUGCGUGAAAAUCUUCACCACCCUGAGCGACCUCAAGAAGCACACUCGCACUCACACUGGUGAAAAGCCUUACAGGUGUGACGCAGAUGGGUGUGGAAAGUCAUUUGCCGCUAGUCAUCACUUGAAAACCCACGUAAGGACCCACACAGGAGAGAAGCCCUACCUGUGCACGCAGGAUGGCUGUCUGAAGACGUUCACGACACAGUACAGCCUCAAGACUCACGUGGCAAGGCAUGACCGGAUACAGGGUGAUGAGGGUCAGGUGGUGACGUUUCAUUUGGACGGCGUGGACGUCGACAUCGAUGACCCCUUAGAGGGGGCCGCAGACUGUGAGGUGGACGAUAGUACGGCCCACAUGAUUCUCAACACCAUGGUGGGCACGACAGCAGCCGAGCCAAGUCCUGGCAGUGCCGGCCUAGUCAGCGUUCCCAUUCAGGAAGUGGACGGCAGCAACUCUGCCCUUCGAGCCUAUGCCAUGAUACCCCUGGACAUUGUGAGUAGUGGGUCCGGACAGAGUGACGCAUCGCCUAAGGUUGCACAAGUGUUGCUGCCGCGGACACUUACUGUUGACUUGGCGACGCAAGUUGGCAAGCCUGAAGCAACAGUGGCGGUAGGUGACUUGGUGCCAGAUGUGGAAGUCGUGAUGCCAACUGUGGUGCCCACCGUGUUGCCGGCAACUGUUCACGUGGACGACCUGGACAUAUUGGGCAUCUCCGCAUCAGAGGCGGACAUAUGCAACUGCCCGGACAAGCAGGAAUGCGAAAAUGGAAACUGCACAAAUUGCCCCGGCAAAGUGGUCAGUGUCUGCUGUUCCUCGGACAUUCUCGCGAACACUCAGGGUGAAGAUGGUGUGGGUGUGCCAAGUGCUGCUGCUGACGGUUUGACGGAACGUGCCGGCCAUCGGGCUUGCUGCUUAUAACAACGGCUUUUUCGUUUGUGCUUCAGGUUCCGGGACUUAAAAAGACAAAAUAUUAAUUCUGGCGCUAGCAGUGAACAUGUUUGCAGGAGUUCUUGCCUUGCCUUGCAGGGCAGGCAAACCCAGAGGAGCUAGCAGGGUUGCCUGGCUGUACCGCACCAGUUCACUUCACUGGCAUCCUGCCAAUUUUCAUCCGGCAGUGAUUGUUUCAAAGUAGGGCAAGGGUAAUACUUCAGAGGUUUUUUUUUUGGGGGGGUGGGGGGGCUAAUGAUAGCGUUGAUUGCUCUCCCCAACAAUUGUCUAGCUUUGUUCUGGUGCCUUCUUUGUGGAAGCCGAGGCAAGUACCUGCAGCAUGUUGCAGGUACUGCAAGUACCUUGUGGUAUAAGUGAUAGAAUGGUCCCUUCCUAGGGUUGAUCAUUUCCUGCCUACCCCUGUUUAGGGCAUGCACAUUUUAAAAGACAUAAUUGUUAGCGAGCAGCAACACUUUUACUUUGAGCAGGCACCUGUUAGGUAAAGGGAGCACCGUGAUGCGAGAGCCAACUGCAUUGCUGGAGUGUAGAUUAAUGACCUGCAGGUUUUGUACUUUCUGUGAGCAAAGACUGCGCGUAACUGUCUUGUAUUGGCUAAAACUGUGUGGCCCCCCUUUAUCCGUUUAGUUGGCACGAUUGAAACCAGUUCAGAGUAUUCACGAAUUGAGCACUGACUUACUGAAAAAAGAUGCUGUGUGCUCAACAUGCUCAUGACAGGGAAUGAACUUAUGAUUUGUGCUCAAAUAGUUUUUUUUUAACGAUAGGUAGAGCCUUUAUUAACACUUCUUGUCGUUGAUUCUAGACUUGUGACCGAGUUCUCUUAUGGUGCUGAUGGCUUAGAGAGACUAAUUUCUGACAUAGUCACUCAUUUCGUGAAAAUAUUAUAGCUCGGUACAUUGGGAUUCAGAGGUGCUCAUUAACAAAUGAGGCAUUGGUUUGAGAGUUGCUGCCACAAAUAGAUGAAGUUGUAGUUCCUCAACACACAGUCUUAGGUUGGGGAAUGCUUCUUCAUUAAGGUGCAUAUUCAUGCACAGCUCUCUGGGCAUUAGGAUUUGUUUUUCACAGAUUUUAUUUCUUGUACUGCUCAGAUUUGAGAUGAGUGUUGGGCGAGUGAAUGCUACAUAUCCAGCAUGCUGUUUUUUACCUGCGAAAUUGAUUUGGAUUUUCUUUUAGAUAUGUUGUUUGUGCCUGCAACAAUCAUCUUUGGAGCGAAGGUAGUGCUUUGAAAUGGCCGCUUGUAUACAAAGCUAUUUUUCUUGUGAAGCUAUAAGCUGUUGUUUCUGUUGCUCUUAAGGCUUCUGACUUUGUCACAAACAUGCCCAAAUUUUGAGCACACCUUUUGCUGUGCGCUAUUGUUUACAAACUUUCUGUCCUUUUUUUUUUUUUUUUUUUUUGAGGGUAGGGGGGAACAUGUUUUAGAACUUUGAGAAAGGAACUUGGUUUUAAGGAGAAAGGAGAUUGGUUUUAACAAACAACUUUAAGAGCAGCUCAAAACAGCAUGCAAGAAGAUGUCGCACUGCCGAACACUUUACCGUUUAUCAUAUAACCCAAGGUAUUUCACAGGAAGUAGGUCUAUCGUAGAGCAGUAGUUGAUAUCAUUCCGAAGAUCAUUUCUUUCGAUAGCGCUAUGUAUACAGAGUAUUACAAAGUAUAUAAAGCCACACAUAGUGCUAUUGAAAGGGAAAAGUGCUUGAAAGUGACUCAUGUGAUGACUGCGUCUAUUGUGAAUAAUUUUUGCAAGUGUAGCUAAGCUGAGCAGUGCUCCCGAGUGAUGUGCAGUGUCAGCAUCCCACUGUGAUAGUGGCUGGGUCUCGUUCUUGGUAAGCUGUUGUUACUGAUCACUAGCUAAAUCUUGGAACUAUCAAGUGCUUGUGUUAAAAGGCCUUAGUCACUUUUAUUUUAAUGCACUGUGGUUGUUUUGAAGAUGCUGGUGUGACAGAAAAAAGAAAGCGUUGUGUGCUUUAACACUAUUUAGUUAUUUGACACAUUUUGAUCAUGUUCUCACUCUUUGGACCCUGGGACUGGGAUGUACAAUCUGGCUUCUCAUGAACUCUGGCACACAGUGUGGCGAUCCUUGAAGAGUUGCUUAAAACAGUAUGAUAAUCUGAUUCAUUAUGUAUUUGUGCUGCAGUAAUGUUUGUAGCUUCUUGCAGCAUUAUUUUAGUUACUUGUCGAGUUUUCUACAAUGAAGAUCAAGCACGCUGUCUCAAUGCAGAUUGAGAAACAUUACAACGUGUGCAAAAUUGACUUUACCACUGGAGGGAAAUGUGGUGCUAGUGUCCCAAAAUGACGGCCACUACAACAUGGAUUUAUCUGCUCAUCUUGUAGGGCUUGAAGUGUCCUUGCUGCUUUUUAUAAAUUCAUUGAAGCCAAUUCCUCGCUGCAGAUUCGUUGUAUGCGAGUGAUAAACCUCAUUUAGGUGCAAAAUGCUACUAUAUUUGACUGUUAUCUGGAUGUUACAGAGAACUAAACUUAUUUCUGCAUAUGAAAAAAAAUUUUUUUUCCCCAUGGUGAUUGUUAAGUCUUUAAUAUCAUCCAUAUUUAGUGACAUGCACAUUAUUGAUAUUGCUUAUUUAUUUGCUCAAAGUUACGUGAUAAAACAAAAUUCUUGCAAGCUCUUAUGCUCAAAAUACUCCGAAUAGAAAAAUAAGUUCAGCUGCAUUAGUAAGUUGUCCUGCUACAAUUAAAAAAAAACAAAAAAAAAAAACACUCGUUCCACAAGUGGAGGCUGAAAAGCCAGAGCAGACACAAAAACGAAAAACGGGUGGCGAUGUCGCCUUGAAGUUCACCAGCUUGCAGCGACCUCAUGAAUUGAUGGUACCUGCUGGAGCCCACUUAAUUUUUAAUUGGUGAAGUUGAACUACAUCGUAUCCUAAAGAAGCCAUAGACCGAACUUAGCAAGUUUCAAAAACUAUUACUGCGCCACACCUGCCCAAAUACGAAAAAGUACAUUGAAAAUCAACGUCACACUGAUGCACCAGUGCUGGAAUUUAGGCUCCAAGUGGAAAAAAAAAAAAAAGAACUUUAGCAUUAAUUUUUUUCUCCUAGUAAUCAUCCUUUUUACUGUAAUACUAUUGACGAAUAAGAGAGAUUACAAAGAAUACUUAAUUGUUUAAACUGAUUAAGUGCUUUUCUUUAUUGUUCUCUGGGGUUCAGUAGGGCUGUGUGAUUGCCUCUACAGACACUAAAGAAAUCUUUACAGCAAAGCUGUAUAAAUCGAGACUGUAGAAAAAUUCAUGUAGUAGAAUUCGUCACAACUGCUGUGGUUAAAUGAUUCCACCCCCACAUUUCCUCCAAGUGGUCUUAAUGUGAAACUGUGGUGUGCAGGAAAUGAAAAUGUGCAAUGCAGCUUUGUGGGAGAAGUACAGUACAGUAUUUCGCUGUAAAACUGCAUACUAACUGUGUACAUGCCACUGCUACCUUGAGUUUCAGGAAACCAAAGAAAGCUUGAGAAUUAAAAGUUUCCUGGGAUUACGUUUGCAAAAUGUUCACUGCAGUGUUCGAUUAAACAGUGACAUACCUACCGCUCGCAGCAGCAGAAACUGAAAGGUUGAUGAAAUAUAGGCUGCAUGAUACCUUGUGAAGGGACACUGGGGGCAAAUAUUAGGCUAAGCUGGGUUGCUAGGUUACAUGUUCAGAAAACCAACCGAGUGGCUUCUUAAAAAGAGCAGCUUGGUAUGGAUAAACUGACGUGAAAGACGGCUGGCAGCGUCGCUCGCUCCAUCUUCCCAUGAUGCCAUGGAUUGUUCCAGCAUCUGGCAGAGUCUAGUUGAAUGUUUAUCAGUGAAGCAGGAUUGCGCUGGCAUUUGAUAACUUAAAAACCCAGGCAAACAACUCUUGUAGUAGGGUUUUCACACACACAAACACACGCACUUGAAGGCCCAGAAUAUUUAGCAAGUAUUGUGUUAUGGUCUUGUAGGUGUGACCUGAAAACCGGCACCUUGCACAAAAGCCUCGAGAUGAGGACAUGAAAAAAAAAAAGACUACGUUUUUAUGUUCUGGUUUCAAGGUUUUUGCACUAAACAGCAGUUUCUACUAGGUUCGGAAUAUUACAAAACUGGAAUCUGGCAUGUAAUUGUGGCAGAAAGUUAUGGUGUCUUCUUUCUGCCCUAAUAAGCUAUUGUCUCAAAACCAAUGGAAAAUGAGAUGUGAUACAGCUAGUGUAGCCUAAUUUGACGAUUCCAUUUAAGUAUUCUUUGAGGGACAGAAUUGAUUCCACCAAUGAAGGUAUAGCAACAUUUAAAACGUUUUUAAGAUGUCUGUUUUGGCCGCUUUAUUGCAUUUUUCCACGGACUUGUCGAUGCUGCUUCACAUUGUGGGAGCAUAGCACCCUUUGUGUAGGGUUCUUUAACCUGCCGAUGGGAAUAGCACUUGGAAGAGGAUGGGAAUAAUUGAAGCAAGGCAGGAUUCCCGUCCUACUCCGAUAUGUGAACUGAGAUAUCAGCAACAUUUCUUGCUAGGUGACCUCUUGUCGCAGUGUCUUCGCUUUCUUAGUUACGGCGUCAUCCUCUGGUGCAAGAAAAAAGAGAGAAAUUUGUGGGACUGUAGGUAGAUCUAAUAUUUGCCUUUAGUGUCUCAUUAAAGAGCAGCGUAUGGUGACCUGUGCAAGAAUAAUCUGAAAUGUAAAUGGAGUGUUGUGUAUGCCAAGUCAUCUACACUGCACACUGUGCUGUUGUGUACCAUGUGGUAAUCUCAUGUCACUUGCAGGGAGAGUGAAAAACAGCUUCUUGUGCUCUUGCUUAUGCGGAUGACUCGCUAUUAGACGCUGCUCAAAGUGCUGGCAUUGUGAGACAGCUUCAGUCAUCUGCUGGGCAGCUCAAAGGGGUUAACGAACGAGUUCAUCUGAAACUGGCUCAUUAUGAGCACUUUGUAUUUGGGCAAAGAAGUGUUAUGAAGGUGCAGGAGUUGGUUUGUGACAAGAUUCAUGGGCUGUGGUUUGCCACAUGCAUGCCAUUUCUUGGCUUUUACAGAAAUGCUACGCUGCCGCUCUGCGUCAAACACUCCGACGCUCCUUUAUAACUAUUUGUUAUCGCUGAACAAAAAUGUGAUCAUGACAAGUGCCAACUGCAGCGCAAGGAUUCAAAACGCUUUGUUUUGCGAGCUUUGGAAUCACUGUGUUGACAGCUUGAGUUUGUAACAGAAGCAGUAGGGUGUAUAACGUCAUUUGUCUGCCACACCACAUCUGUGACAUCCUGCCCAAAUUACCACAGCAGCUAUGCACUUAGGAUCAUGUCAAGUCGUGUUUUAUCACACUUGAUAAAACUGAUGAUGCAAUAUGUAUAUAAAGGGUGUGCCCUGUGGGCACCUUAUCCACAGAUUGCCUUUUUAAAUGUUUGCAUGUUGUUUACUGUUUUAUGUGACCUAGUGAUGUUGGAGCACAUUAUGAAAAAAAAAAAAAAAAAACUAUGCGAGAUGAAAUAAACCAGAAAAGGUCUAUGAAUUUUAGAUGCUGUCUGCGUCCUGAAGCCGGAAA